AUGAGCGGCCCAGCCGCCCGCACACACGCGCACCGACUCCGCGCGGUGCUGGUCGCGCGUCGGGCGCCACAUGCUCGACUGAGGCGCGCGCGGAACGCCGAGGGCGUGUGGCACGCCGCCCCCGUGCGGCGAGCGCGCGGUCCUCGGCGCGCGCCCUAUCAAUGGACGCCAGCCACCCGCUCGAGGUCGGCGUUCAUUCACGGCGGGCGCGUUAAUGGCGUGCGGGCCGGGCGCCCUCGUUCGGCCGGCGUCGCCCACGUGCGCGAGGAAAUGGCGCGGCGUCGCGGCGGCGGCAGGAGGCGCGCGAAAAGCGCGGCCCGCACGAGCGUAGUGCGGCGGGCGGCGUGCACGGCGGCGUGGGCGCGGAGGCUCGGCGCGACCCGCCAGCCUGCCGGCCACUUUCUCCGCGCUGAAUCACGCGCCGCUUUCGCACCGCACCGGGGCACCGUUUUGGCGAUGCCGCAAUUAGACGCGCGGCACGCGCUCCCG